AUGUCUAUUCAGUCAGUAGGGCCAGUCAUAAUUAACAAUGAGAAAAAUUUCAAACGAUCCCGAAACCAAUAUGCCAAACAGUACAAUACUCAGACUAGAAACCCACUUGCAAAACUCAAUGAAUUGGAAUGCAAGUUAUUGAAACAUCCUUUAUUAUUAUUUCCUUAUUUGGUUCAGUAUUUACCAGUUUCUGUGUCCAAGGCAGUAAUUGAUUUGUUAGAUCGGCCAAAUAAAGAAAAACUAAUGGAUUUAGUCAAAAUAGCAAAAAACCAGCAUAUUAAUGAAACUGUUCAAAAUAAAACAAGAACAAAGUCAUCUAAUCAAUCAAAUGGUGGUUUAAUAACUGAUCAUCAGUUACACUCUUCAGUUAAUUCAAACAAACAAAAAGCUGAAGGUGAAGAUUCUAUUGAACCAGAAAUGUUCAUAGAAUAUCCAUCAAUUAAAAAGGAGACAUUGGAAUUUUGUGAAUUUAUUAAAAAUUUAGAUGGUUCCUCAAUUGACAAUCCAGAACCGACAACAUUAGCAAGUUUAUUUGCUGGAACACAUGAAGCUCAACCGCCAGUAUCAACACCGAUUAAUGUUGUGGAAUUAAUUAAUUUACCAUAUGAAUUAAGAGAUCGCAUUGAAGAACCACCAAAAUUACUUUGUGAUAAGAACUUUUUAACUGAUUCAAAGAGUUUACCACGUACUAUUAAUCAGAUGCAGCUAGAAGGCCAAGAAAAGAAUUUUGAAAGAUUACAUUAUGGUGCUUGGUAUAUACCACCGAAACAAUGGAAAGUUAUCAAAGAUGAUGCUGUAAAAAAGAUGAAAAAUGAACAUGAAUUUUCUAAUGUAAACAUUAAAUCAUACAAAGAAUUAGCAACAAAUUUAAAUGAGAAAAUGAAAGAAACCCAUGGAUAUGAAUCAUUUAUGGAAUUUAUACAAAGUAAUAAUAAACGUAUACCUAAGAUUGAUUGA